GAGGUGAGCGGCCCCUUCGCGUCGCGCAGGGUCUGGAGCAGGGGAAGCCGGGGCUGCCCGGGCGGAGACAGCGAGAGCGCGUCUCGCGGAGGCGGUGUGCGCCCGGCUGUCACCAUGAGCGAUCAGGCUCUGAGCUUCCUGAAGGACUUCUUGGCCGGCGGCGUGGCCGCUGCCAUCUCCAAGACUGCUGUCGCGCCCAUCGAGAGGGUCAAACUGCUGCUGCAGGUCCAGCAUGCCAGCAAACAGAUCAGUGCCGAGAAGCAGUACAAAGGGAUCAUUGAUUGCGUGGUGAGAAUCCCCAAAGAGCAGGGCUUUCUCUCCUUCUGGAGGGGUAACCUGGCCAACGUGAUCCGUUACUUCCCCACCCAAGCUCUCAACUUCGCCUUCAAGGACAAGUACAAGCAGAUCUUCCUGGGGGGUGUGGACCGGCAUAAGCAGUUCUGGCGCUACUUUGCCGGUAACCUGGCCUCCGGUGGGGCAGCUGGGGCCACCUCCCUCUGCUUUGUCUACCCGCUGGACUUCGCUAGGACCAGGCUGGCUGCCGACGUGGGCAAGGGUGCCGCCCAGCGGGAGUUCACUGGUCUGGGCAACUGUAUCACCAAGAUCUUCAAGUCUGAUGGCCUGAGAGGCCUCUACCAGGGUUUCAACGUCUCGGUCCAGGGCAUCAUUAUCUACAGAGCUGCCUACUUUGGAGUCUAUGAUACGGCCAAGGGGAUGCUGCCUGACCCCAAGAAUGUGCACAUUAUCGUGAGCUGGAUGAUCGCCCAGAGUGUGACGGCGGUCGCGGGGCUGGUGUCCUACCCCUUUGACACCGUCCGCCGUAGGAUGAUGAUGCAGUCUGGCCGGAAAGGGGCGGAUAUCAUGUACACGGGGACAGUGGACUGCUGGCGGAAGAUUGCAAAAGAUGAAGGACCCAAGGCUUUCUUCAAAGGCGCCUGGUCCAAUGUAUUGAGAGGCAUGGGUGGUGCUUUUGUAUUGGUAUUGUAUGAUGAGAUCAAAAAGUUUGUCUAAUGUGAUUAAAACUCGAUUUCAUUGGUUCCAGA